GGUUCGGCUCCUCGAGGCGGGCGCCCGCCGGGCCUCACCCCAGGACGCCGGGUGACCUCGGAGGCCGCUGGGGUCGGCAGGCCCCACCCCCUCCAGGAGCUCUGGCUUGCCGGCGGGAGCCGCGUGGGCGCCACCCAGGGGUUAGGUCUGGUACUGCACGCGCACGUCCGGCGGGGAUGCAGAGCAUAGCCAUCUUCCCAGCUUGGUAGUCCUUUUCCAAGAUUUUCUCUGCCCGGACGUGACCUGCGCUUCAGCACACACUCAGUGGUCGUGGAAUAGUCGCAAAAGCCCGGGGUUAAAAAAAAAAAAAAAAAGUGAGGGCCACCUGACAGCGCAGCUUGGAAUCUCAGCACACACGGGGUGGGAGGGCCUUGGACUAGGCAGCCACCGUCUCAAAAAAGUAAAGGCGGAAGGUGCAGCCCAGCACACCGGAGAAUGGCUGGGAGACUCCUGUUCAGAGAAACUGCUCCUAGCCUAGCCCACGAAAGGGGGGAUGAAGACACCGCAGAGAGAACAUGGUAUUUGGAGACUCCCAAGAACCUCACUGUGGGAAGCGGCGGCAAAGGUGCUCAGACAAGUGCUUCUGAAAGCUGAACCAACGACCAUAAUUCAAAUAGGAAGCUAUGUCUACCAUACUCUCUUUCUUGAUGGAAUCACUUAUUUGUGCGCUACAGACAAUGGCUUGGAUACUAUAGCACCAUCUGCAUUUCUUAAAAAAGUUAGUGAUAUUUUUACAAGAAUCCCUUUGAUGUCACAAGAGCAUUUUUUUCCUUCAAAUACACUUGCUACAGAUUUUCAGCAAAUACUAGCACAGAACAUGGUGGAAUACAAUAAAAGUCAAAGUAACAGCACAAUGUCUACAGUGAAGAGUCAGGUGACUGAUGUAAAAAAUACUAUGUUGAGAAACAUGGACACAGUUUUAGAAAGAGAGACAGAAGCACUGAGUAUCAUUACUGAAGGAGCAGGUGGUCCCCAGGCAACUGCAGAAGAAUUUGAAAACACAAGGAAGAUUCCCAAGAUAUGGUGGAAAUGCUUCAAGAUUAUAAUUACCACCCUUGCAAUUCUCCUGUCAAUCAUUAUCAUUCUUUUAAGUACACACGUAAUACCCACCUGACCAAUAAAGUGUUACAUGGAAUUACAGAGUUCUGCACGCAGUAGCUAUGAGCUCACUUAGUGGUAGAGAUGGAGAAGAGGAUCGUUUCCUGGCUCUUCAGCAUCUUCUGACUCUUCUGUUUCUGUACGUCUGUCUCCCUAACAGUGCUUCGUUACUGCUGCCCUUCCUCCUUAGCCUCCCUCACCCAGAAGAUUGAGUGAUGGGAUGCAUGUUAACCCGAGCACUCAGGAGGUUAAGGUGGGCAGAUCUGAGAUCAAGGCCAGCUCAUCUACCUACCAAGUCCAGGCUGGCCAACCUGUAUAUACCAAGAUCCUAGCUCAAAACAAAAGACAAACAGCAUGGAGACUCAUGCCUAUAAUCCGAGCACUGAAACAGGAGGACCACUGUGAGCUCAAGGCUAUACCCUAAGGGGCAUAGUGUUUUCCAGGGCAAACCUGAGCUUACUUACAGUGUGGGGACGUGUUUCAAAGGUAAGCUCUUUAAAAAAGCACAAACCCUGAGAUUCCAUUACUGAAGCUCAACUCAGCUGUGCUACCUGUGGUGACCUAUGUGUCUUGGGACACUUUAUACCAUGUCCUGUUCCUCACCUGGGGGCUGAUACUGUCUGAAUAGUCAUGUUUCCUACAUGGUAAAUGUCAUCUAAGUCUUUUCUGUUAAUAGUGGGUUACUGAAUUAAUGCAUUAACUCAGAUAAUCAUACUGAAAUCCACAAUUAACCCCAUAAUACCCUUAGAAAUGAGAAUUUUAACAUGUGCAUAGUUUCAUCUUCAUUUGAAAUGAAAAUUCAAACCACUGUGUUUUAUAGGAGGCAAUUCCUUAUGUAAGGACCCAAAAACUCCUAAGCCAGAUUCUCUUACAGGCCACAGGCUUUGUCCUGGCUUACCACCCAGAGAGCCCUAUGGUGAUGCUUAAAGGACGUCUCACCCAGGAACUUCAAGUCACUAAGACUUGUUGACAAUCAGAGCAUCCAGCUCUACUGGGCAACUUAUUCGCAAGGGGCUUGAGUGGUGUCCUCCAAAUGGAAACCAAAGUCCUUUUCCUUUCACUUUUGUUCACUGUGUAUCUGUGUGUGUACAUACCAGCGGCUAUGAAGUUGGUCAAGCGGUGGCUUUGAGCGCUGGUUCUCU